GCGCGGAGGAACAAGUAGGAAGGGAAGAGAGGCGGGACCUCGCAGCCGGGGAAGGGCGUUCUCUUUGCGGUCAGAGCGGGCAGAGCCAUCCCGAGGGGUGGGUCUUGCUCCGGCGACAGGAGGAGAAAGAAAAAAAAAAAACAGGGAAAACCCACCUUUUUUCAUUGUUUGGGACGCGGUGGAAUGUGAUGGUUUGAUCUCGAACGGACUCGGGAACGGGAUAAUCCAAGUGAAAAGGGUCGAUUUGGGGGUGAACCGAAAGGGGGGAGAGGCUCAGCCAGAACGGGAUGAACUUGUCUUCUCCUCUGUUGCCGCAGUGAGGGCAACUGGGGCCGAGUGAGCAAGACUGCAACAGCCGGUGGCAGCUUUUUGUCUUUUUUUGUGGAUUUACCGCUUCACCUUCCCGAUUUGACGACAAAGGAUGGAGACAUUGGGAAGAGAAGCUUGACAUGUCAUAGAUAAAGGAUGUGUCUGAAAUAUGACGGAAUUAUCUUCCAAAUGUCAAGCUGACGGACAUUUAACAUCUUAAAAGAUCACAGAUUCCAGCCAAUUUCAAGUCGGGCAUUUGUCUCACAUCGAGCUUGACUUGAUAUCAUCACAAUACAAAUGUGGACCUCUGCAAAUGCUCAAAUAACCUGAAGAAAACCCAAGACGCUAGGAACGCAAUAAAAUAGACGUGGUAGCCAUGUCUGACAUGACACAUCGCCACCUGCGGCACAAGCUACAAAGUCUUAGUAGACGGCUUGAUGAAUUGGAGGAAGCUACUAAUAAGCUGCAGAAGUCCGAAGAUGAGUUGCUCGACAUUCAGGACAAGAUCAUCCAAGCAGAAGGCAGCAAUUCAUCCUUGCUUGCUGAUGUCGAAGCCCUGAGGAAACGACUCUUGAAAAUCCAAGGUAAAGAUGAGGAAGUACGCAAAGCAGAAGACCUCUGCCGUACAGUCCGAGAGAAACUGGAGGAGGAAGAAAACCUAACAAUGGAGCUGAAGGCUGAGAUUGAACAUUUACAGCGGAGGAUGUCAGAACUGGAAAAACUGGAAGAAGCCUUUGGGAAAAGCAAAUCAGACUGUAGCCAGCUCUGCCUCAGCCUCAAUGAAGAGAAAAACUUAACCAGGAAGCUCUCAACCGAGUUGGAGGCCCUCAAAGCUCGUCUAAAGGAAAUGGAGGGAUCUGAGGGAAAACUGGACAAAGCAGAGCAAGCUUUAGCAGCGGACCUUGAAAAGCUAAAGGGAUUCUGCCAGACCUUUGAGAAUGAGCAUAAGAGGGUACGAGAGAAACAAAGAGAAGAUGAGAAGAUCAUUCUAAAGCUCACAGAGAAACUAGAGCGCCUUGGUAUGUCUGUAGACCCUGGUCGUGCAGACUUCAUGAGGUCAAGAAUUGAAGAGGAGCUGUCUUCCACUGGUAUCCACACUGGUAAUUUAGCUGGGCGUAAGAAAGGCCUCGAUUACAACUUUGGCCUGCUGAAUAAAUCGGAGAAUCAGAAGAACAGUGGCCUUGCAGGCUCACCUGAGGAGGACAACAAAGUAAAGGAGUUGACACAGGAAGUGGAACGGCUGAAAAACCGCCUCAAACAGCUGGAGAUUGUAGAGGAUGACUUGAAAAAAUCUGAGUCAAAAAAUGGUGAGCUUCACGAAAAGUUCCAGAUGGAACGCAAUCGGACUCGCCAGCUAAGCGAGCAGGUGGAACAGCUCAAGACGCAGCUGUGCAGUAAAGGUGGGAUCGGAGGAAACGGAUCCAGCAGUGUGGAUAAGCAAGGCAACGGAAGUGCUAACAUCUGCCCCAACAGCCCUGCCAAGCAUCUGGAGAAUGGCAAAGCUGAGAAUGAAGAGAUUGUAAAAGGAGGUUUCAGGCAAGAGAAGCCCAAGUUUCGUAGUGCUGCAUCUGUCACAGAGCCGAGCUCGCCUAAGCACAGGAUCAGGGAUCUGUCUCCACAGCACAAGAGAGAAAACAAACUGAGGAUGAAAGAGUUUAGCAACUCAGAGGAAAGUUCUGCAACGUCCGUCAAGAGAACUGUCAGUCCUGCACAUAGAAGUAGGAGGAUACCUAAAACCCCAAAUACUCUUGUUUCAUCAGAUAAUGGAAUAAAAGAGACGAGCAGAGGAACUGAAGAAAGAGCAUACAAGGGAGCCACGUAUAGUCCUUUAAAUACACCCUCCAGCGAAUUUAAAAAGGUGUCUGUUCUCAGUCGCUAUCCCCCAGCGGCUAACGACCAGAAGCCCCUUAGAACAACUCACAGGCAGAGUGACGGGGAGACCAAAAAGAGCACAGUAGGAAAGAUUUCUAAAAUAUACGGAGGCAGUGACAGUGAAUCAAACAACUCAGAUGUUGUACCUGACAGCAAUACCACUGGACCAGAGAAGGACACAGAGCUCACCUCAGACCAGGAAUCAAUAGAUCCAUCUCAAGAUUCAAUGUCUGUCACCUCCAGCCUGUCGAAGGCUAAUGGAUCAUACAAAGCGUACAGAUCCAAUGUCAAUCAACUGCUGCCAAAUGACCAGGGGUCUGAAGGUCAUUCCUCUGCUUCAGAAACCGAGUCUACCGGCUCAAGGCCCUCAGAACCAGAGACUGUAAAUGAAAUGACUACUACAACCCAGAGCAGUUGGACUGCAACCUCUAGAUAUUCUAGAUAUUCCCAUAUCAAGGACUCUCAUUCAGAGGGUUCUUCCUCCAGGAGCUCAUUCGAUGAAGAGCUCCACAACAGAGGUACUGGUAACACUUCAUCUGGGCUUGAAGUUCAGCGGGUUCUCAGCCCGCGUGAAGCCCGGACGUCAAAGGCUGUCAUCAAACCUGCUAUUAUUGAAAUCGACAAGAAAGAAAUGAUGAUUUCAGAACCCUUGUCAGCUAAUGGCAAGCCCAGAAUAUCCACCAAACCCAUUUUGACCAACACCAAUAAAAUGACCAGCAGUAUAACAUUCUAUCCCAACGACGCUAGCUCUUCCAGAACCAGCAGCCGCAGCAGCAGUGUAUCCAGUGAGCCCUUGUCCACCAAGGAACGCCACACAUCUACCAGUAACUUUCUCAUAAGCCCUAGUAGUGAACACCUUGGCAGUGUCUCAAUCCCUUACGAAAUCUCCAUCCCGAAGAGCGAUAUCACAAAGCGGCCAAGUCAUGACCAGGACUAUGGAGCAGAUAACCACAAUGAUUACUCAUCCAAGUCCAGGCUCCACAGCACCUCCCGAGUGGAGAAAGCCACGAGGCACACAGGCUACCAACGCAGCAACUUAAGCCACAAAUCACCAGACACCAACUCUGCUGACCACAACGACAUGGAUUCGGCCUUCGAAAGAUCGACUAGUCCCACCACCUACACCAGCUGGCAAAACCAAAAUCAUAGGCAGCACUCCCAGGAAGAACAUUUACCAGACACGAAGAAUGUAACUAUGAGAAGCACCUGGAAGAACAAAAGCGUUGCAUCUGAUGAGAAGAGUAGACGAAGAGCGGGGGUUAGGGGGAUUACGGAUAGGGGUUCUGAGGAUGAGCUGGAAACCUCAAAAACAUGGAAAGCGUAUCUGGCAACAACGGUCGUCUCUGAGGAAUCUCAGAGCCAUGGACUGAGGACUGAUGGGAUUGUGUCUGCUGCAAGGGGAGCCAAGCCAACCUCUGACGAUAUAUACAUGCGGGCCAUUGACAAAGAACCUGAGGAAUCAGUGCUCCAUCGUGGUGGAACUGCAAAGUCUGUGUCCCUGGAAGCUGGAGCCCUGGGAAGGACUGUGCCUCAUGCACCUGUCACCUCUCAGUCCUGGAACCGCGCCUACUCUCAACGAUCACAGGUUUCAAAUACGGAAAAUGUCUCAUGGAAACAGCAAUCCUCCGCCACAAAUUCCGUCCCCCUGGAAAGCACCUACGAGCGUACGGCCAAAACCACGGGGGUGUCGUCCAAAGGGGAGCUGUGGUCCAGUCGGGGUCAGACGUCGGGAAAGAGCGGCGCGGGUAGCCGGGUGUGGACCCAUCGCCAGGCUCAGCAUCAUUAGAGGGAGGGCAGAUGCUUGAGUAGGGAUCACGCGCCACCAUCUCCAGCACACUGCAGCUUCAAGAACAAGCAAAGACAGGAAAAAACAACCACAGCUAUGUUUAAAAAAAAAAAGACGAAAAAAAACUGUGACUUUGAAUGCACGUCAAGACGUAAACAUCUCUUCCUCUUCUGCUUGUUUGGAUGUAUUGGACUUCUAGUCAUGACAAAGGAGAGGCUCCCGCGGGGAGCGUAUCACUUCAUCUCACCAGAAACUGCUGCGUCGCGCCGAUACUUGACAAAGGAUGCUGACACUUUCAAUGUGACCAAAAACAGGAAGCGAAUUACUCAGUUCUAAUUUUCCCUAUGAGACCGUCUUGGCAUGUUAGGAAGCAUGUCCUCGCCACAUAUGUACUCAAAUAUUUCUCCUAAAAAGGUUCCCUAUUUCUUUGUGAAACCGUUUUUUGUGAUCGGUCGCUGUAAUUCACUUCCUGUGGCGUUAACAUUUAUGCUUCCUCAAUCAAAUGCGACGCACACGUAGGGGCAAAUAAUAUAUUUUGUUAUUAAUCAGCUACAGUACUAGAUUUCUUAUGGUGCUUUAUUUACUUUUUAAACCGUUUUAAGUCAGUACUUUGCACAUCAUCGGUAACCGGGAUGCAACCAGACUCAACGUUUUGGCCAGAGUUAGAAUCAUUAAUGCAAAAUUAGUGUUGUCAAUGCAAUUACUGGAUACACAGGCGACAUAGAAAUGCUGCCACGAAGCCCACUUCAUUGAUUUUUUUCCUCCAUCUUCCACAAAAUAUUUCAUCCUUGCAACAGCGUGCGGCUCACAACGCUAAAAGACAUCAUGUUAGGAACUCUCGGUGUGGUUUUCCCAUCUCCGCAUUCCUGGAAAGGGAAGCAUGUCCACUUAAACCAGGGAGCAAGAAGCCGUCACCGGAUAAUGACAAACGACCCGCGCAAAGGUUAAAAGUUGUCAGCCACGUCUAAUCUUGUCGUUUCAGUCUCGUCUGACUCCUAGCCGUCUAAAUGCAGCGGCGCAGUGGUCUUCCCGACCGGGAUCUGACACACCGGCGUGUCCGCUUUCGUUAGCGGGGUCGUGAAGGUGCUGACCUGAUUUUUGAAUGAUUUAUGGUGCAGAGCGUGACAUCACUGCAGGGUUUUUUUUAAAUGGCAAGACACUGAUUUCCACCUGUUUUACUCUGCUUAGUAAAGAUCCAACUUCAUUCUCUUUCUAUGAACUUUGAUGGAGGUAAAUCAGUGCUACCAAAUUUGAAUUACAACCAGGGAGAAGCAAUCAAACCUUGUCUCAUUCCCAUGAACUGAGACAGGAAUCGAUUGGUUCUCCCUGUCUACCCAAAUGUUGCAACUGAAUUUUUUUGGCAUCAAAAUUCAUCAGCAAAAGAUUCAGCCACAGAAAAUUGUGUUGCAAAAAUUUCAGUUGCAACAGCUGGGUGACCAGGCUGAAGCAAUCGAUCCCUGUCUCAUUUUCAUAAUCAAAACAAUCACCCCAUGCCGUGACCAACUUUUAAUGUACUGUCGGCCGUCGUACUCACUGAAGACACGACUGAGCGGACGUAACCUAACUUGAACUACUGGGAUCGAUUGCUUCUCCCUGUCUACCCAAAUGUUGCAACAAUUUUUUGCAGCUGAAUUUUUGUGACUGAAUUUUUUUAGGCAUCAAAAUUCAGCAGCAAAAAAAAUCCAGGCAGAAGCAAUCGAUCCCUGUCUCAUUUUCAUAAUCAAAACAAUCAUACCAUGAUGUGACCAAUUUUUAAUGUACUGUCUGUCGUCGUGCUCACUGAAGACACGGCUGAGCGAUCGUAACCAAACUUGAACUUCUGGGAUCGAUUGCUUCUCCCUGUCUACCCAAAUGUUGCAACAAUUUUUUGCAGCUGAAUUUUUGUGACUGAAUUUUUUAGGCAUCAAAAUUCAGCAGCAAAAAAAUUCCAGGCAGAAGCAAUCGAUCCCUGUCUCAUUUUCAUCAUCAAAACAAUCAUACCAUGAUGUGACCAACUUUUAAUGUACUGUCGGCCGUCGUACUCACUGAAGACACGGCUGAGCGAACGUAACCUAACUUGACUUUCUGGGAUCGAUUGCUUCUCCCUGUCUACCCAACUGUGGCAACAAUUUUUUUUGCGUCUGAAGUUUUGUGACUUAAUUUUUUGGGCAUCAAAAUUCAGCCACAAAAAAAAUCCAGGCAGAAGCAAUAGAUCCCUGUCUCAUUUUCAUAAUCAAAACAAUCAUACCAUGAUGUGACCAACUUUUAAUGUUCUGUCGGCCGUCGUACUCACUGAAUACACGGCUGAGCGAACGUAACCUAAAUUGAACUUCUGGGAUUGAUUGCUUUUCCCUGUCUACCCAAAUGUGAUUUUUUUUUUUUUUUUUUUUGCCUCAAAAU